GGCGUGCGGGGCGGGAAGGUGUGGCCAGGGCAGGACAGCUCGGUCUCUUGCCCGGCGAGCUGCGCGGAGCCGGGCCCAGGUGAGCGGUGGUAGACCAUGUCGCCAGAAGAAUGGACAUAUCUAGUGGUUCUUCUUAUCUCCAUCCCCAUCGGCUUCCUCUUUAAGAAAGCUGGACCUGGGCUGAAGAGAUGGGGAGCAGCAGCUGUGGGCCUGGGGCUCACCUUGUUCACCUGUGGCCCUCACACUUUGCAUUCUCUGGUCACCAUCCUUGGGACCUGGGCCCUCAUUCAGGCCCAGCCCUGGUGGGGAAGUAAGAGGGGAUUUGUAGCUGGAAUCUGGGGAAGGCAGAGGCAAGGUCCCAGGCAAGUUCCUGGGCCCAGCACCACCGCCUCCUGCCUCUGCCCCAGCUCCUGCCACGCGCUGGCCCUGGCCUGGACCUUCUCCUACCUCCUGUUCUUCCGCGCGCUCAGCCUCCUGGGCCUGCCCACUCCCACGCCCUUCACCAACGCUGUCCAACUGCUGCUCACGCUGAAGCUGGUGAGUCUGGCCAGUGAGGUACAGGAUCUGCACCUAGCCCAGAGGAAGGAAAUGGCCUCUGGCUUCAGCAAGGGGCCCAGCCUGGGGCUGCUGCCCGAUGUGCCCUCUCUGACAGAGACACUCAGCUACAGCUACUGCUACGUGGGAAUCAUGACAGGCCCGUUCUUCCGCUACCGCACGUACCUGGACUGGCUGGAGCAGCCCUUCCCGGGAGCCGUGCCUAGCCUGCGGCCCCUGCUGCGCCGGGCCUGGCCGGCCCCGCUCUUUGGGCUGCUCUUCCUGCUGUCCUCGCACCUCUUCCCGCUGGAGGCCGUGCGUGAGGACGCCUUCUACGCCCGCCCGCUACCCGCCCGCCUCUUCUACAUGAUCCCGGUCUUCUUCGCCUUCCGCAUGCGCUUCUACGUGGCCUGGAUUGCGGCUGAGUGCGGCUGCAUUGCCGCCGGCUUCGGGGCCUACCCCGUGGCCGCCAAAGCCCGGGCCGGGGGUGGCCCCACCCUCCAAUGCCCACCCCCCAGCAGUCCGGAAGAGGCGGCUGCCCUGGAGUACGACUAUGAGACCAUUCGCAACAUCGACUGCUACGGCACGGACUUCUGCGUGCGGGUGCGGGAAGGCAUGCGGUACUGGAACAUGACGGUGCAGUGGUGGCUGGCGCAAUAUGUCUACAAGAGCGCGCCCACCCGGUCCUACGUCCUCAGGAGCGCCUGGACCAUGCUGCUGAGCGCCUACUGGCAUGGCCUCCACCCUGGCUACUACCUAAGCUUCCUGACCAUCCCACUGUGCCUGGCAGCGGAGGGUCAGCUGGAGUCGGCGCUGCGGGGGCGGCUGGGCCCAGGCGGCCAGAAGGCCUGGGACUGGGUGCACUGGUUCCUGAAGAUGAGGGCCUACGACUACAUGUGCAUGGGCUUCGUGCUGCUCUCGCUGGGCCAGACCCUCCGCUACUGGGCCUCCAUCUACUUCUGCAUCCACGUCCUGGCUCUGGUGGCCCUGGGGCUGGGAGUAGCUUUGGGUCGGGGCAGCCCUAGCCGGCGGAAGUCCCCGGCUACCAGCCUUGCCCCGGAAAAGCUCCGGGAGGAGUAAGCUGCUUGAAACUCCCACUGCCAGUCGGUCCAGCCACAAAGCUUUUGCCUGGGAAUUCCGUGAACCUGGCUGCCAUCUCCUUUCCCAGAAAGGGCCCUUGAUUUGGCUCGGGGCCUGGGGCCUGGAGAGGAUUCCCAUGUCCCUGCUCCAUACACUGCCUUUCACAAAGCACAGCUGAGGGGUCUCCCUGCUUCCCUGCCCUCCCCUGAGGGUUCCAGAAGGUCCAUUUCCCUACUGUAAAAUCCAGGUGCUGUCCAGACAGGACUCUCCCUUUAUCCCUGCCACAGCUUCCAGGUACGCAGAGAGCUGGCCUGCUGGAACAGCAGGGCUGAGGGGCCAGUCCCCUUCUGCAGCUCCCCUGUGGGGGAGGGACCCAUUUUUCUUGUGCUGUAUGCCCCACUUGUAUCAGCCCUGGGAGGGAACAUAACCUUCCCGUCUCACAAAGGGAAAACUGAGGCACUGAUGAGCAGGCCUGGGGGCCACCAUUCUUGCAGCUUCCAUCUGAGCCACUUUAGGGUCCCAGCACUCACCACCCUCUUAUCAUCAUGUGGCCUAAGACAGCGUCAGAAUGUGUGAAUCUCUCCCAGUAAAGUGUUGCACACAGA